GCAGCCGCCGCGCCGGGCGCCGAGCGGGGCGGCCGCCCUCCCCGAGGCGCGCCUGUGCACGUUCCCACGCACGCUCCGGCGUACGGCGGCGGCCAGGGGUCGCGAGCUGGUAGAGGACCCGCGCGCGGAGGAGCCGGGGAGUCAGCGCUUCUUCCCUCCCUCCCCCCACUCCCCUCCCCGCUCCCUCCCCCCUCCCCAGAAUGUUCCGCUACGAGUCUUUAGAGGAUUGUCCUCUGGAUGAAGAUGAAGAUGCAUUUCAGGGCUUGGGAGAAGAAGAUGAAGAGAUUGAUCAAUUCAAUGAUGAUACAUUUGGGUCAGGUGCCAUUGAUGAUGAUUGGCAGGAAGCACAUGAGCGCCUGGCUGAACUGGAAGAGAAGCUGCCGGUGGCAGUUAAUGAACAAACAGGCAAUGGAGAAAGGGAUGAGAUGGACUUGUUGGGUGACCAUGAGGAGAAUCUGGCAGAAAGGCUCAGUAAGAUGGUGAUUGAAAAUGAGCUAGAAGAUCCAGCUGUCAUGAGGGCAGUGCAGACCAGGCCAGUUCUGCAACCCCAACCAGGAAGUCUCAAUUCCAGCAUCUGGGAUGGAUCUGAAGUUCUGAGGCGAAUCCGAGGACCACUCCUUGCUCAGGAAAUGCCUACGGUGUCUGUAUUAGAAUAUGCCCUGCCUCAGAGGCCCCCACAGGGUCCAGAAGAUGAUCGAGACCUUUCUGAGCGCGCAUUACCACGGCGGUCAACUUCACCUAUCAUUGGGAGUCCUCCUGUUAGAGCCGUCCCCAUAGGCACCCCGCCUAAGCAGAUGGCUGUACCCAGCUUCAACCAACAGAUCCUGUGUCCGAAGCCUGUCCAUGUCCGGCCCCCGAUGCCCCCGCGGUAUCCUGCUCCCUAUGGUGAGAGGAUGUCUCCAAACCAGCUCUGCAGUGUCCCGAACUCUUCCCUACUGGGUCACCCUUUCCCUCCUAGUGUUCCUCCUGUUCUCAGCCCCCUCCAGAGAGCACAGCUUCUUGGAGGAGCACAGCUACCGCCUGGACGGAUGUCUCCCAGCCAGUUUGCACGGGUCCCUGGAUUUGUUGGUAGUCCGCUUGCCGCCAUGAAUCCCAAGUUGCUGCAGGGGCGAGUAGGGCAGGUGCUUCCCCCAGCACCCGGCUUCCGUGCCUUCUUUAGUGCCGCGCCCCCUGCCGCUCCACCGCCUCCGCAGCAGCACUCCCCUGGCCCGGGGCCUCACCUGCAAAACCUAAGAUCUCAGGCCCCAAUGUUUAGACCAGACACAACUCACCUCCACCCACAGCACCGUCGGCUCUUGCAUCAGAGACAGCAACAGAACAGAAAUCAGCACCGGAGUCUCAAUGGGGCCGGAGACAGAGGAAGUCACCGGAGCAGUCAUCAGGACCACCUCCGGAAGGACCCCUAUGCCAACCUCAUGCUGCAGCGAGAGAAGGAUUGGGUCUCGAAAAUCCAGAUGAUGCAGCUGCAGAGCACUGACCCGUACCUGGACGAUUUCUAUUACCAGAAUUACUUUGAAAAACUGGAGAAACUGUCAGCUGCUGAAGAAGUUCAAGGCGAAGGCCCGAAAAAGGAGCGCACCAAGCUCAUUACCCCUCAGGUGGCCAAACUGGAGCACGCCUAUAAGCCAGUGCAGUUCGAGGGCUCUUUGGGAAAGCUUACUGUCUCUAGUGUGAAUAACCCCCGAAAAAUGAUUGAUGCUGUUGUGACAUCACGGAGUGAGGAUGAUGAGACAAAAGAAAAACAGGUUCGGGACAAGAGACGAAAAACCCUUGUCAUAAUUGAGAAAACCUAUAGUUUACUCCUGGAUGUGGAGGAUUACGAAAGGCGGUGUCUCCUAAGUCUAGAAGAAGAGCGACCGGCCCUGGCGGAUGAAAGAAAGCACAAAAUUUGUAGCAUGUAUGACAACUUAAGGGGGAAAUUGCCUGGACAAGAGAGGCCAAGCGAUGACCACUUUGUACAGAUCAUGUGUAUCCGAAAAGGGAAGAGAAUGGUUGCCCGUAUUCUUCCUUUCCUCUCCACAGAGCAAGCAGCUGACAUUCUCAUGACAACAGCCAGGAAUCUCCCUUUCCUUAUCAAGAAGGAUGCGCAAGAUGAGGUGCUGCCAUGCUUACUGAGUCCCUUCUCUCUGCUCCUCUAUCACCUUCCGUCAGUGACUGUCACCAGCCUUCUGCAACAGCUCAUGAACCUACCUCAGAGCGCAGCUGCACCAGCGCCCUCCAACCCUCACCUCGCCGCUGUGCUCCAGAACAAGUUUGGCCUGUCACUGCUCCUUGUCGUCCUGAGCCGUGGGGAAGACCUACAGAGUUCAGACCCUGCUACGGAUCCAACACAGAACAACCAGUGGACGGAGGUGAUGUUCAUGGCAACCCGAGAACUUCUCCGGAUUCCCCAAGCAGCCCUGGCCAAGCCAAUCUCUAUACCCACAAACCUGGUGUCCCUCUUUUCUCGCUAUGUUGACCGACAGAAACUGAACUUGCUGGAGACAAAGCUGCAGCUAGUUCAGGGGAUCCGAUAAGAGAUCUCCACAAGUGUCCUGUACCUCCUUUGGCUGCCGCCUGCACUGCCGCCGUCACAAUGGAGUAUGUUUAAUGAGGGAGGGAAGGUAGCUUAUUCCCCAAAGCGUCUUGUGGGACCGAUUCCUGUCACGGGGGUCGGCUCUAAAUGCCAGGUAUUUCCCCACUGCUCUGUGAAAUUUGGCUGGGUGAUAACUUAGGCUGGUUUCUUCUUACCUUCUGUGUUAAAUUCUGCAUGUCCUGCUUUUCCUCAGUUCUUCUCCAUUUUGCAUUUUCUUUGCCCUAGAGACACAAAUAUAAUCUGUCC